AUGGGAAUUAUUCCUGUUUUGUGUUUUAUGCUACUUUGGGGUAGCAUUUUUGCACAAGAAGAGUGUCGCAGAGCGUGUGACAAUCGAUUCACCGACAAUACGAAUAAUUUUGGAUGUAAAGAAGGAUGCCGUUUGGCAGUUAUUCUUACUAUUUUGCAUCCGCUAGAGCUUACAGAUAAGAUGCAGGUAAAAUGUCGUGAAGGUUGUGUCGAGACGUACGAGAAAGAUGUUAAUUUGAAAGAAGCCUGCCAGUUUGGUUGUAGUAAUCAGCGGGGUCGUGAGUCUGGGACGGUAACUUUGACUGAAAAAGACCCUAUAAUAGGGGUCGUUCAGAAGGAGAUGGAGGGAAAAAUGCGGUCUUCAUUUAACAACUUCUGGCCUUUCCCUCGUUUGAGCCCUGAAUUCUCGGAAAUUGAAGAGGCGAUAAACAGAAUGCGAGCUAUCCAAGAAAGCAUGCUUCGACAUUUUGAAAUACCAAGGAAUUAUCGUUUGUUGCAGAAUAAUUUGGACGAGGAACAAGAGGUAGCUGUCCAGAGACCAUCUGGGCACAUAGCUGCGUCUUUGAAGGGGCCGGAGGUUGGCAAUAAAGAUAGUAGCAGCGAGGAGAUUCUGAACGUAAAACCAGUGAAACAUCAGAAAGUUCUGAUCAGUGUUUACACGAAUCCGGACCAUUAUGAGCUUUCCAAAACACGAAGACCGCCAUCUUUCGUUGAACGCUUAUCUCAACGAGCACGACGUAUGUCAAUUCUUAGUCAGUGGUUAAUCUGUAUAGCUUUGCUGUUGUGUUUGUUGUCAAUGCUGGGCAUAUCACUUGCAAUAAUUCGACAGAUUAAAAUGCAACAACGACUACGUGCUCGGCAAACUCAUGUGGUUAUACCAGCAACACUUGCGCAGCCUUUGCCUGCUAAGAAGCUUCCGCUUGAAAGUCCAGCAGCAGCAAUGGAUUAUCCAUUAAUACAUGAUACGCCACCACCAGCCUACGACCAGCUUUCAUUACAUAAAGAGAAGCCUCAAGAACCACAACAGCCGUGA